AUGGAGGUGCACCCAAGACUGUCCUAUUACAAUGAUGUACAAGAUGGAACAGCUGUAAUAACAAAAACUUUGGAAUCCACUGAUCACUUUACUCCACUGCAUAUCCCUCCAGGCCCACCUAUAUUCCCAGAAAGAUAUGAGGAGCUAAGGAAAACAUUUCAGCUAUGCAAAUCAAUCUUAAGAGGAAAUCAAGAACCUAGAGGAAGUGAGCCUAUGCUACCUGAAUCUCACAGAAUCUAUGAGCCACCUUACAAGUUUACUCAUGCACCCUGCUAUGAUGAGGACACCAAAAAUGUUCCAUUAAGGUGCACAAGGUAUCUAAAAUAUAAGACACCAGGGGCUCUACUCAUAGAGGGCCGAUUUCGUCCUUUUCAUCCUUAUGUCCAUUGCAGCACUGACAUCCAAGUUGACCCCAAUAAAAAGGCAGAUGCCAAUCAAUCUAUCCAUAGAGAAGCUGUGACGUGUUCAAGUCAUGUCAUUGAAGGAAUUGGUCACCAAGAUGAAACUCCUAAAUCAACAUUCCAGCUUCCAGAAUCUGAUCUUUCACCCCGAGCUGCCAAUAUACUAGAAAACGUAAAGAAGGCUCUUUGGCUAUCUACCUACAAGCGAGACUACACAGGUAGCGGGCCUAUGAACCCACUGCAGCUGGAUGACUAUAAUGCCAAAUUAAUUGGCAGAGCAACAGGAGAACUGGGCAAAAAUGUGGAUCUUAGAGAAUCCCUUCAUUCAGCAAUGUCUCAAGUAAGGCCCUUGGAAGGACGCAUUGCCCGUGUCCUUCAAGGCAAGGUCUCACAUCAUCAACAUCAGCAUGCUACAGAGAACUACGAGUUACCACUUCACUUGAGAGACCAUUGCAGCAUAAACUGGCAUUCAGAGGGAAUGCAGAAUAGUGGGAAAGCAUCCCUGAGUCCCCUUCAACAGGAUACACAAAACAAAGCAAGCCAAAGGGACAAAUAUAUGCUCUACGAUUGGAUUCAGCCUGAAGCAGCUGGCCAGGAAGAAAACAGCAAAGAUAAGAAACUGCUCUCAAACAGAUUUCGGAAAAUUACGGAUACCUGGAAAACAGAUCAAUUGUACUGCAGGCAACUUGCAGUGCCACCUGAACCAGAGCCUCUUCUAAAACCUGCAGAAUCCAUUUACUAUGAAGAUUUGCAACCCUCCCAUUUAAACAGAUAUAUUGUGUGGCACAAUCCUGCCAUUCUUAGUAAGCCAACUUCAAUCUCAACACAGCUGAAGUGUGAAAGGUGUGCUAGUAAACCAGUUUCCGAAUGUGCUUCUAAUGUCGGAGAGAUUGUAACAAGCUGCAAUCCAUCCACAGACUGGAUGCCUAACUGUGGGAUGGUUCGACCUCAGACAAAAUUACUUGAUAUCCAGGAUUCUUUUACAAAGGGAGAAGCCAUCAAAUACUUAAAUGAUCUUACAAAGCGGGGAUUAAGAGACCUGAGGGAUCAUGACAGGCACGGCAGAAAGCAUAAAUUCCAGGGCAUUCAUGCUUUCUUUUUGUAA